UGCAAUAGCGCAAUAGGGUCGCUAAGGUCAAGAAGGAACCUGUGCUAUAUAAAGCCGUGUUCUUCUGGUCGAACCAUCAGUGUGAUCCUACACCAGCAACAUGAAGUUUGUUAUCAUCGCUUGCGUGGCCGCCGUGGCUCUUGCUGCUCCUCAAUACGACUCGAGCGAAGAGUUCGUGCCAAUCCUGAAGGACGAUCGUGUUCACGAAGAUGAUGGAACUUUCAACUUCGACUUCGAAGCUGCCAACGGCAUCCGCGUCUCCCAGGCUGGAUCCCCCGACGGCGAUGAGGACGCUGUGAUCAAGGCCGGAGAAUACUCGUACACCGCUCCUGACGGCACUCCCGUUGUCGUCAAGUACGUGGCUGACGAGAACGGCUUCCAGCCCCAGUCCGACCUCCUGCCCGUGGCUCCCGAGUUCCCCCACCCGAUCCCUCAGUUCGUCCUCGACCAGAUCGCUAAGGCCGCCGAGGAGGACCGCAACCGCAGCGACGAUUCUGAUGAACGUUACAAUUAAGCAGAUACUCAUAAAACCUAAUGUAUUUAUUGUAUAUUAUUAAUAAACCAUGUACAUAACGUA